UUUUUUUCUUAGCGUGGGAAAGAGAGAGAGAUUUCUGCGUAUAACAGAGUAAUUUGACGUACUUUUGGGAGGAGAGAGAACGUAGACGAACACACCAUUCAUUUUACAAGCACAUAUUUGAGCCCCUUCAAACUCAGCCCACAGGAGCAAGAGGAAACCGCUCUUCCCGCUCCCCCUUCUCUUACUAGGACUGUUUGUAGAGCAGCUGGGUGGAGUAGAGCUCGCUCACACACUCACACACACACACACACACACACAGAUGUUCAUAGACAUGUACCUCUCAACCAGCGAGGAGUCUGAUUUGGGCACGUGCACGUUUUGCAGAAACAAAUACGCACACAUGCUCCCGCACACACACACACAAGUAAACGUGCAGCGGGACUUUAAUCACAGAAGACGACACGCAGAUGGAGCGACUGUGAAGAGCAACGCAGAGGCAGAGAGAGCGAGGAGGAUGGGAGGGGAGGGGAGAUGAAGUGGAUGCAAAACAGAGGACAUACUGGAGAGACAGGAAGACUGUAGAGCGUACAGAAGGCUGGAUGCCUGAGGAACACUGUGGUUAUGCAGAAGACGGCAAGGACAACGUGUAAAAGAAGAACCGGCAGUUAGAGGUGUAAAUCACUGCAGCAAAGGUGCUAGCGUCUUUAGCAUCAGCGCACUGGGCUCUAGGGAGCAGGGAAGGGCUCUUCAUAGAGGAGAAUGGCAGCCUGGUUUGCUGGUGUUGCUGCGGCGGGAUGGACUGAGUCUCAUUCAUUAUUCUAGGAGAAAACACACCGCCACUGUCUACACAGGCCGUUGCAGCUCUCAUCAUCCACUAUGCGCAGGGAUCGAGAGCAAGCACAUGGAAUUGCGUGCCAUCGUCAACAACACAGCAGAACUCUACGUUCCCACAGCAACAGCAGCAGCAGCACAUCUAGCAUUGAUAACAUUAGCCCGGGCACCAGCCGAGAUAUUAGGUAGCACUUUAUGUAGCAGUUUUAGUGAAAGCGACAGGAAAAACAGCGUCAGAUUUGAUUUUUAACUUGCUUAUAAUUGCAUUUUUGAUACCUGCAGCUCUCAGGUUUAUGUAGAACGUUUGCAUAUCAUUUGGUAGAUGGUUGGCGGUGUAUACUGUAGUUGCUGUUAGAGUUUACUGAAGUUCGUGGUUGGUAUGGUGAGGAGAGCAAAUGCUCUAACUGGAUUGGCUGAUGAAGGCCUCCUGGAUACGACUGCUGAAACGAGCAACAGGAAACCGAGUCAAGAACAACAUUGGUGGUUCAGGGGACUCAUAUACUAGUCGGCCAUCUGACUCGGAUGUGUCUCUGGAGGAAGAUAAAGAGACCUUACGCAGAGAAGCUGAGAGACAAGCUCAGGCUCAGCUCGAAAAGGCCAAGUCUAAACCAGUGGCAUUUGCAGUACGUACUAAUGUUGGCUACAGUGCUUCUCUUGAAGACGACGUCCCUGUGCCCGGAAUGGGAAUCUCAUUUGAGGCUAAAGAUUUCCUUCACGUUAAAGAAAAAUUUAAUAACGACUGGUGGAUUGGUCGAUUGGUAAAAGAAGGGUGUGACAUCGGUUUCAUCCCAAGUCCAGUGAAGCUUGAAAGCAUUCGCAUCCACCAGGAGCAACGUGCAAAACAAGGAAAAUUUUACUCGAGUAAAUUAGGGGCAAACUCUAUAUCUAGUUUAGGAGACGUGGUUUCAAACUCACGUAAAUCAACCCCUCCAUCCUCAGCUGUGGAUAUAGACGCUGCAGGGUUAGAUCCAGAGGAGAGCGACCCUCCUCCCCAUCAGCGUUCUCCCAAAGCCAGCCCAAACACAGUAAUAUCCCCUUUAGCCCGUGAGAAACGAAUGCCUUUCUUUAAGAAGACAGAGCACGUUCCUCCGUAUGAUGUGGUGCCGUCUAUGAGACCGGUGGUGCUGGUGGGACCGUCGCUCAAGGGCUACGAGGUGACAGAUAUGAUGCAGAAAGCGCUGUUUGACUUUCUGAAGCACCGCUUUGAGGGGAGGAUCUCAAUCACGAGAGUAGCUGCUGAUAUUUCUCUGGCCAAGCGCUCUGUGCUCAACAACCCCAGUAAACAUGCCAUCAUCGAACGCUCAAACACACGCUCCAAUCUAGCGGAGGUUCAGAGUGAGAUCGAGAGGAUCUUCGAACUGGCUCGCACACUGCAGCUGGUGGUUCUUGAUGCUGACACAAUAAACCAUCCGGCCCAACUGGGAAAAACAUCUCUUGCACCUAUUAUUGUCUACAUCAAGAUCACUUCUCCAAAGGUUUUGCAGCGGUUAAUAAAGUCUAGAGGAAAGUCUCAGGCAAAACAUCUCAAUGUGCAGAUGGUGGCAGCAGACAAACUGGCCCAGUGCCCUUCAGAGCUUUUUGACAUCAUUCUUGAUGAGAAUCAGCUGGAAGAUGCCUGUGAGCACAUGGCUGAUUAUCUGGAGGCCUACUGGAAAUCCACUCAUCCUCCCUGCGUCCCACAGACAAACCCUCUGCUGGAGAAACUCACCACAGUCGCUGCAGCCGCAGUCGCCUGCAAAGACUCACUAACUAAUCCACAACUAAAGAGCAGAGUGGGCGAGCAGACAGCAGAGAGACCGCUGGACGACAGGACGGGCUUUUACGAAGACUACCAUCAUCAUCAUCAUCACUACCAAACUCAGAAGCAAGGAAGUUUGGAAGACGACAACACUGAGGAGAGAGACGCUAAAGCUAACAACGACCAACAAUCGAGUGAAUGGAGAAGUCGGCACAAACACCACAGCCAUCAUCAUCACCAUCAUCAUCACCGCCACCAUCACCACCAUCACAGUCGCACCACGCGGACGCUUUCCAAACAAGAGACGUCAGAGUCCACGUAUCCCGAGCCUCUCCCCGGACACACGCAGGAAGAGGAACCGCCAGACCAUCAUCACCAUCACCAUCAUCAUCAUCACCACCACCGGGGCGACAAAGAGAAGGAAUACGACCACAACGAGAGGAACGGGCGGCAAAGAGGAAAGCAGAGGUCACAACGAGAACCUUAUCAAGAGCGGGACAGGAAACGAGGAGAGGCGGAAUGGGCGAGAGAGCAUUACAUAGAGCAGUGACACGCGUGCCACAUACACACCGACCUCAAUCUUAUGUGUUUUUACAGGCCAAUGUAAUGUAUAUGACACGUGUAUCCAUACAUGACUUUUACAAGUGUGGACAAAUUAAAUAAAGACUAUUAUAUAUAAUUUAAUAUGGCAUGAAUGAUGGAAUUCUCUUUAAAGAUUGUAGAAUUUUGCGUAUUUAUUUUAUUUUAUUUUUUUCCAUUGUAGAUGCACGUUAACCCAAAGGAAAAAAAAAAUGUUUGUAUUUUUUUAAAUCGAAAUCUAAUAACUUGCUCUGCCUUUGAAACAAUCUUGGUUUUUAGCUGUUGUGAGUGACCGUUUUAGAAAUCAAAGCAAGUUCGUAGCAAAAAUACCACCAAAAAUGGCAAAAUGUCUUUUUUAUUUUAUAUAUUUCUUAAAAUUCUACAUUAGGUCUAGUUAAUUACUCAAAUUAUUAUUAUUAUUUAUGGAAUCUUAGUUUUACCACAAAAUAAUAAAAAAAAAAAUUAAGUUAAAUUGAUUUUUAGUUUCAGUUCUGAAAAAAGAAAGUUAGAAACCUAAGAUGUAAACUUGCAAAAAAGUCAGAACUGUGAGAUAAAAAGUAGCAAUUAUCUUUUAUAUUUUUUUAUUCUGUUGGCUCAAAAAAAAAAAAAAAAAAAAAAAAAAAAAAAAAACAGAAUUGAAAGAUAUUGCAAGAAAAAGUCAGAAUUGUGAGAUAAAAAGUUGCUUUUACUUUUUAAUUUAAUUGAACUAUCUUAUGGCAGAAACAGUCUUCCAUAAUUAUUAUUAUUUUGUUAUUAAAAAUUCUUUUCACCCAGAAAGACAUCACAAUUGUGAGAAAAAAAGUCUAAAUUGUCAAAAAUUAGAAUACCAAGGAAAAAAAGCUUGAAAAAAAGAGUCAGAAUUGUGAAAAAAGUUAAAAUCCCUAGAAAAAAGUCAGAAUUGUGAGUCACAAUUCACAAGUCUAAUUCAAAAUCUAAUAACUUGCUCUGCCUUUGAAACAAUCUUGGUUUUCAGCUAAUGUGAAUGACCAUUUCAGAAAUCAAAGCAAAUUUUUAGCAAAAAUAACACCAAAAAAAGGCAAAAUGUUUUUUUUUUUAUUUUAUAUAUUUCUUAAAAUUCUACAUUAGGUCUAGUUAAUUACUCAAAUUAUUAUUAUUAUUUAUGGAAGCUUAUUUUUACCACAAAAUAAAAAAAAUAAUUAAGUUAAACCGACUUUUUAGUUUCAAUUCUGAAAAAAGAAACCUAAGACGUAAACUUGCAAGAAAAAAGUCAGAACUGUGAGAUAAAAAGUAGCAAUUAUCUUUUAGAUUUUUUUAUUCUGUUGGCUCCAAAAAAAACAACAACAACAAAAACAGAACUGAAAGAUAUUGCAAGAAAAAGUCAGAAUUGUGAGAUAAAAAGUUGCUUUUACUUUUUAAUAUAAUUGAACUACCUUAAUUAUUUUUUUUAUUCAAUGGCGGAAACAAUCUUCCAUAAUUAUUAUUAUUUUGUUAUUAAAUAUUCUUUUCACCCAGAAAGACAUCACAAUUGCGAGAAAAAAAGUCAGAAUUCCAAGGAAAAUUUUUUUGAAAUUUUGAAAAAAAAAAAAAAAAAGUCAGAACUGAGGAAAAAAAGUCAAAAUUCCUAGAAAAAAAGUCAGAAUUGUGAGUCACAAUUCACAAGUCUGAUUCAAAAUCUAAUAACUUGCUCUGCCUUUGAAACAAUCUUGGUUUUCAGCUGAUGUGAAUGACCGUUUCAGAAAUCAAAGCAAGUACAUAGCAAAAAUACCACCAAAAAUGGUAAAAUAUGUCCCACUAUAGAAAUAUUGUUUUUUUUUUUUU